AUGGCUUACGUUAUUGCUUUAACAAGCGGUGGAGGAGUUCCUCUCUUUACUCGUACUAUUGGCGAUUAUGAAGCGCUCCCUUUUCCAACUGUUGGCUCGUUGAAUGGCGUACAUAUGUUUACAGAAACUCAUGGAGCAAAAUUACUCAGUACACGAACACAAAAUGCAAAGAUCGUAUGGCAAGUUUUCAAUGACAGCAUUACAAUAAUUAUUGUAACGGUCGAUGAUGGUGCCAGCGAUGUUCACUUGAAAACGUUAUUACAAUUUAUUUAUAACGCUAUGAGUAUUUAUUUCCUGAUUGAUAAACUGCUUGAAGAAAGUCUAUUAAUCGGUCAUAUAACUGGCUGCUUGGAUACUACUGCUUUUACAGAUAUUGAUGUUCUUCAAGAUUGUUUGGAAGCCUUUGUUGGAUGGUGUAAUACUGAAUUUGGAUGCGUAUUAAUCAAUGGUAAAUUGGCUGCUUCAACGACACGCUGGUGGAACUUACCGUCUACAGAUUCGAUCCUAUUGUCGCUAUUAAUUUCCGCUAUGGUGCAUUCAGCUUCCAAAGAUAUCGCUAUUUAUUUACCGGCUACUUUUCCAGAUGUACCUCAUCGCCUGAUGACAUUUCAGAUUCUAGAUGGGGUUGAGGUAUGCGUCCUUUGUGGAUCAACACCGUCACAUAAUGAAGUCUUACAAAAUCAAAUUUUAGAUUCAUAUUGGAGAAGUUGUAUCGAUAUUUUAAAAAAUGAUAUGCGUAAUGCACCAAAAGUUCUUCCACCUUCCAUAACUCUCGAUUUUGGAAUACUUGGCCGUAAAUGUCUAGCAACCUUUGUCAGAGCUCUCUCUAAUUUUACUGGAAUAGAUGAUUCAGCCGCAAUCGACAUGGACGAAAAUAUCAUUGAUGAAGAUAAUACUCCAGUAGAGACUUAUAUGUGCUCGGAUGAAUAUAAAUUGCAUGCUUUACAUAAAAAAAAUUACCAGUGCUUCAUCAUGUUUUCUAAAGAUGUUCCUGUCUAUGCUUUGAGAUCAGUUUUAUCUAGCACAUGUUAUAUGGAUAUACAGUAUCUUAAAUUUAAUACAUGGGUAGAAAUGAACAUGUUAGUGCGAGCAGAAAACAUGAAUGUAAGAGCUUUAUAG